AACUUGGGGCGGUUGUGUCCUCCAGGGGACAUUUGGCAAUGGCAGGAGGUGCCGAUUGUUAUGAGGAAGGUGCUACUGGUGGGUGGAGGCCAGGGAUGCUGCUGGACGUUGUACAGUGCAUGGGACAGCCCCCGCCACAGACUAUUUUCCAGCCCCAGAUACCAGCAGUGCUGCGGCACAGAAACCCUGCUGUCUAGCUUGGGUGUCGUGUACAGUUUUGCCUUAUCUGCCCCGUUGGUACUCGUGAUUGGCUGUGUGUUCUGACUUGUGUAUUUUGAUUUAUUUUAGUAUUUUCAGGGAUUUUUGUUGGUUCGUCUACAGUUUCUCUGCAUCAGAGGAGAGCCCUCUGGUUCCCGCCUACCCCGAUCACCAGCACUUUUUCAGGGUCUAUGGGAAGUGCCUUCAACAGGUCACGCUCCCCCUCUGGACUUGAGGUGUUUUUUUUUUUUAAUAAGUAUCUCUAGCUGUGGGCCCGGCCUUAUGCUAAGUCCCGGUAAGUUGGCAUCUUGCAGAGGGAGGCAGGUGACCGAACAGGCAGAUCCUGUCACAGAGCGCUCGGAUGCUGUCACAGGGUGACCACGGAAGCUGUGGAAGUGUGGAGCAGGCCCCUAACGAAGUCAGGGGAGGCUUCUUGGAGGAAGUGGUGUCUGUGCUGAAGCCUGAAGGACCCAGGAGGAGCUAGUCAGGCCCAAAGAGCUGGAGGGAAGGCAGAGGGAGCAGCCAGCCAGGGCAGAGGCAAGGGUGCCCACGAGCAGCCAGGUGUGGCGGGAGUGUUGAGCACCAUGCGGGUUGCAGCAAGAGAUGAGGGCGCCAUGUUUUGGAAGUUUGACCUGCACACGAGCUCACACCUCGACGCGCUGCUGGAGCGGGAGGACCUAAGCCUGCCCGAGCUACUGGAUGAAGAGGACGUGCUGCAGGAGUGCAAGGUCGUCAACCGCAAGCUGCUGGACUUCUUGCUGCAGCCGCCGCACCUGCAGGCCAUGGUGGCCUGGGUCACCCAGGAGCCGCCCGCCAGCGGGGAGGAGCGGCUACGCUACAAGUACCCGAGCGUGGCCUGCGAGAUCCUGACCUCAGACGUGCCCCAGAUCAACGACGCGCUGGGUGCCGACGAGUCCCUCCUGAACCGGCUCUAUGGCUUCCUGCAAAGCAGCGGCAGCCUCAACCCACUGCUCGCCAGCUUCUUCAGCAAGGUCAUGGGCAUCCUUAUCAACCGCAAGACAGACCAGCUCGUGUCCUUCCUGCGGAAGAAGGACGACUUCGUGGACCUGCUGCUGCAGCACAUCGGCACCUCGGCCAUCAUGGACCUCCUGCUGCGUCUCCUCACCUGCGUGGAGCGGCCGCAGCUGAGGCAGGACGUGGUCAACUGGCUCAAUGAGGAGAAGAUCGUGCAGCGGCUCAUUGAUCAGAUCCACCCGUCAAAGGAUGACAAUCAACAUUCCAAUGCGUCCCAGUCCCUGUGCGACAUCAUCCGCCUGAGCCGGGAGCAGAUGAUCCAGGUCCAGGACAGCCCAGAGCCUGAUCAGCUGUUGGCCACCCUGGAGAAGCAGGAGACGAUCGAGCAGCUCCUAAGCAACAUGCUGGAGGGAGAGCAGAGCCAGUCUGUCAUCGUGAGCGGGAUCCAGGUGCUGCUGACCCUGCUGGAGCCCAGAAGGCCAAGGUCUGAGUCUGUGACCGUGAACAACUUCUUUAGCAGUGUGGACGGGCAGCUGGAGCUCCUGGCCCAGGCGACCCUGGACAGCACCACGUCCAGUGUAGGCGCCCUGCACGCCCUGCGCCCACGCCUUGGCCGUUUCCACCAGCUCCUGCUUGAGCCCCCCGAGCUGGAGCCGCUGCGUACUACGUGGGGCAGCCUGGCCCCACCACUGGGCAACACCCGGCUGCACGUGGUCAAGCUGCUGGCCAGCGCCCUGAGCGCCAACGAUGCAGCCCUGACCCAGGAGCUCCUGGCACUGGAUGUGCCCAACACCAUGCUGGACCUCUUCUUCCACUACGUGUUCAACAACUUCCUGCAUGCCCAAGUGGAGUCGUGUGUGAGCGCCAUGCUGAGCGCUGGGCCUCCUUCCGACAGUGGCCUCGAGACACCUGCUCCAAACCCCGUCGUGAAACAUCUGCUGCAGCAGUGCCGCCUGGUAGAGCGCAUCCUGACCUCCUGGGAGGAGAACGACCUCGUGCAGUCUGCAGGGGGCCCUCGCAAGGGCUACAUGGGCCACUUGACGAGACUGGCCAAUGCCCUGGUGCAGAACGCGGAGAAGGGGCCCAACGCUGAGCAGCUGGGGCAGCUGCUGAAGGACCUGCCCAGUGAGCAGCAGGAGCAGUGGGAGGCCUUCGUGUCCGGACCCCUGGCAGAAACUAACAGGAAGAACACAGUGGACCUGGUGAGCACCCACCACCUGCACUCCUCCAGCGACGAUGAGGACGACCGGCUCAAGGAGUUCAGCUUCCCGGAGGAGGCGGUGCUGCAGCAGGCCUUCAUGGACUUCCAGAUGCAGCGCAUGACCUCUGCCUUCAUCGACCACUUUGGCUUCAACGACGAGGAGUUUGGGGAGCAGGAAGAGAGUGUGAACGCGCCAUUCGACAAGACCGCCAACAUCACCUUCUCCCUCAACGCCGACGACGAGAACCCCAAUGCCAGCCUGCUGGAGAUCUGCUACAAGGACCGAAUCCAGCAGUUUGAUGACGAGGAGGACGAGGACGAGGACGAGGAGGAGGGCCAGGGCUCCGGGGAAUCUGAUGAGGAGGAUGGUGCCUGGCAGGGCCGCCAGCUGGCCAGGGGAGCCCGUCUGGGCCAGCCCCCGGGUGUGCGGAGUGGAGGCAGCACAGACAGCGAGGAUGAGGACGACGAGGAGGACGAGGAUGAUGGUGACAGCCGAGUGGCCGGUGGGAGGACCGGGCCCCCCUGUCACCCCGGCCCUGGCCCCCAGCCUCCAGGCCCCAGCUGGCCAGCCACCUUUGACCCAGUGCCUACAGACACCCCGACCGGCUCCCGAGACUCUGGGGAGAAGGAGCCGAGCUCUGGUCUCCUUGCCCCACAGGGGCCCCUCGGCGCUCCCCGGGACCUCUCCGCCUUGCAGCUCAGGUCUCAGGACCCCGCGUCCCCCUCAGCACCUCAGGAAGCCACAGACGGCAGCACAGUAGCGGAGCCCUCGGCCCCCUGCCAGGCCUUGGUCAGCUUCGGGGACCUCCAGGCCACCCUCAGAGGGACACGCUCCACUCCCAGCUCCUUGAACAGUGCAACCAGAGACCCUGCUACCUCCGUCCCAGCCCCCGCGGCCUGCCAGCACCCCCAGACCACAGAGGGGGAGAAGAGCCCAGAGCCCUCAGGGCUCCCCCAAAGCCAGAGUGCCCAGGCCCUUACACCACCUCCGAUGUCCAGCGGCUCUGCCCCGGGAGGGCCAGCAUCCCUGGGCUCCCAGUAACUGCCUGGUCCUGGUGGUGGCGGCUGAAUUCUCCGUACUCCACGUGGACCCCGCCCAAGUGGGGGCAGGGCGGGUCCCACGAUGGCCCUGUUGCCCCAUCACCCCCUCCCCCCCAUCUGCCCCCACGUUCUCUCCUCUGGACUCCCAGGAGCCUGGUGCCAGGGAGACAGGCCCCUACCCACCCCCAUUUGCACUGAGAAAAGAAAUUAUGGAGUUUUGUCUCCUAGAAUAAAGAUACAGAGUCGAGUAGAGAGAAAGGAGAGAGAGAGAGACCUAUAUUAUAUAUUAUAUAGAGAGAGUGGGUGGGUGGAGAGCCAGGAGGAGGCCAGGCGGGCGGGACAGCGGGUUGGACCUUCAUCCCAUCCCGAGGACAUUGCCCCCCCCACCACCACGCCCCCAGCCUCCGGUGCAGAUGCCCACACCCACACUCGGCUCAGGUCCGCCUCGGGGGAGGGCCCGAGUGGGGGCCGUGCCUUUGCCCAGACCCUUGCCCUGGACCCUGCACUUUGACCCGGGCUGGGGGCUAGAGGACCCCUGCCCGGCCCUGCUGCCUCUGUAGGAGCUGGCAGUCCCCAUCUGAGGGGGUCUCUUCGGGGACAUUCCUGUGGGGCCCUGAUGCACUCACUGAGACUUCCACACCUCCCAUGGACCCCGGGGCGGGGGGUCGGCAGGGGUCUGGCUGGGGUCCCCUUCCCAUGCCCGAGGGUCUGGGGUCCAGCCCAGCUGCCAAGUGACCUUGUCCCAGCUCCCCCUCCCCAGGCUGGCGUGAGUGUGCGUGUGUUCGUGCCCAGCUUCUAUUUCAUAUUGCAAAUAUAAAUAAAUAAAUACAGUUUAAGAUUCCCA